GAAUCUCAAAGCCGACAGAGCUGAGAACACGAAGCGAUUUCCCUCGAGCCUACUCCAUCCCAGGCAAGGCCUGGACGAUGAGCAGACCGAAGAGAUCCGCGAGGCUUUCAGCCUCUUUGAUACAGAGCAGUCCGGUGCCAUCGACGCACGGGAGCUGAAGGCAGCGCUGAGAGCCUUAGGCUUCGAAGUCAAGAAGGAAGAUGUCAGAAGAAUGCUGGCGGACAUUGGCAAAGACCCGUCCCAGCCCAUCGAUUUCAAUGAGUUCUGCGAGAUGAUGAAGGGAAGGAUGCCCGACAAGAACUCGCGGGUGGAGAUCGACAAGGUCUUUGCCCUCUUCGACGAGGACGAGACGGGCAAGAUCUCCUUCCGCAACCUCAAGAGAAUCGCCCAGGAGCUCGGUGAGAGCCUCACCGACGAGGAGCUCCAAGAGAUGAUCGAGGAGGCCGAUCGUGAUGGGGACGGGCUCAUCAGCCCCGAGGAGUUCUACCGGGUGAUGCGAAAGCGCGGUGGCAACCCCCUGGACGAUUGGGACAGCGAUGAAGACUGA